AUUUUUUUUUUUGUUUUCCUACUAUCAAUCUAAUUGAAUCAAUAUAAAUCUUAAGUGGAAAGAUAAAAUCUUUAAAUCUGUGCUUGUUUUUUUUUUGUGUGUGUGUGUGUUGUCACAACAACUAAUCAAAUACAAAGAUUUUUCUUUUUUAUCUUUUUGAAAUCAUCUUCUUUUCAUAACCAAAAACAAAAACGGACAUAAUAUAUUUGUUUUCUGUGUUGAAACAAAAAAAAAAUAAAUAAAAAUUUCAUCAAAGAUGGAGAUUUAUUCAUCUCGUCAUCGUAAUCAUAGUGAUUCAUCAUCAUCAUCAGCAUCAACUUCAUUAGCAAUACCGGAUACAACAAAAGAACAGAAUCAAUCAACAUCGGCACCAUCAUCACCGACAAAAACACCAAUUUCAUUCAAUGAUUUUGUCAAUAAUAAAGAUGGUAGUAGUGGUAAAACGGUUCGUUCAGUUAAAUUUCCAGAAGAUCAUUCCAUUGUCACUGGAUAUCAUGAAGCACCAGAUCCAUUUGCUACAGCUGAUCAAGAAGAAGAUGAUCAAGAUCUGGAUUCCAUUAUGAAUGCAUUCAAAAACGCAUGUGCCAAACAAAAUAUUGAGCCAAUACCAAGUGUUUUGGAACAAAUCAAGAAUUUCAAAUCGAUUCGUGUACGGGCACAGGAUCUAAUACUUCGUGGAAAAAAAUUGGAUCCACAUCAUUGUGAAGCAUUGGAAGAGAUUCUAAAACGUGUUCUUUUCCGUCUUAUUGAUCUUGAUUCAUGUGAUCUUGAUUGUGACGGUGCUUCGGCUUUGUUCGAUAUGAUUGAAUUUUAUGAAUCGGCAUCACAUUUGUCCAUUGCCAAUAAUAAAUCAAUCGGUAUCAUUGGAUGGCAAGCAUUGUGUCGUGCAUUGAAAAAAACAUCAUGUUUACAAUAUUUGGAUCUUAGUAAUACAGGCCUAAAUGAACAAAUAUUACUUUUUAUGGGUCGUACUAUUCGUGUUGGUUCACAUCUGGUCACCUUACAUUUAGAAAAUGCAGGUCUUUUCGGAAGACGUUUGGCAAUAUUAGUAUCAUCAAUAAAAUUCAACACUAGUUUACGUGAAUUAUAUUUGGGUGAAAAUAAGAUCGGUUCAGCUGAUUGUGUUCAAAUUGGAAAUCUAUUACGUGGGAAUAGCAUUCUUAAUGUAUUGGAUCUAAGAAAUAAUUUCAUUCAAGACACUGGUCUAGAUCAUAUUUGUGAAGGUCUUGCACAUCAACCAUUAACCGCUGCUUCCAGUUCAAUGUUUAGCCUAUUUGAUCCAUCCAAAUCACAAACAAAUAAUUUAAUGUCACAAAAUAUUGGUAUUUUGAUACUAAAUCUUAGUAAUAAUCAACUUUCAAGUAGAGCUAUGAAUAGAUUGGCUCAAACAUUGUCUCAAUGUCGAUCAUUGAUCGGUCUGGAUUUAUCAUACAAUUCUCUUGGCGAUGAAGGUGUUUUAAUCCUCAAAGAAGGUUUAUUACAAUCAAAAACGCUCAAAUAUUUGAAUUUAUCAUCUACUUACAUCACAAAUGAAGGCGCCAUAGCUAUCGCUGAUAUUAUUCGUAAUAAUAGCAUAUUGACAACGAUCGAUCUAAGUUUGAAUGACAUUGGUUUGGAUGGUGUCAUAGCAUUACGUGAUGCGAUAAGAAUGAACAAACAUAUUAUACGAUUGGCAUUCGUACCACAAAAUGAUGGCCAACAUUUACAGAGAGAAUUGCAACAAUUAUUUGAAGAAAUCGAUAGCUAUUGUAGCGAACAUUGUAUCGAAUACAGAUUGGAUGACUUUGAUUUCAUUAUAAACGGAUUUUUACGUAGUGAUAUUUCCGUCUAUCAAGAAAUUGAAAAUGAUAUUGAUGAUGAAAAUAAAGAAAAUGAAAAUAACUUUUAUACCUGUGAUAGUACGAUUCAAAUUGAAACUGCGGAUGAAGAUAAUAAUAAUAAUUCCAAUAUUAACAUUGGUAAAAAACCAUUUUUAGCACGUACAUCCAGUUUAGGAUCAUGGGAACGACCAGUAAAAUCAGGACGUUUUAGUGUUUCACCAGUUGAUGCGGCAAAUAAUAAUAAUGAUAAUAAAAAUGAAAAUGACCAAUCAAACAUUGAUAUUAAUUCCACUUCAAUACAAAUCAAAGUUGAACAUGAUAAUGAUGAUAAUCAAAAUUUAAUGAUCAUCCAGUCGACAAUAGGAUCAACAUUGGAGAAUCGAACUUAUAGCUCAGAAGAAGAAGAAGGUUCAGACCUAUCUGAACAGGAAACAGAUACGUUAUCAGAAUUACCGACAUGUUUUAAAAAUAAAAAUCGUUUACAGCCACCAUCACGAUCAUUUAGGAGAAUGAGUUCACCUGCUAUUUCCGUUACUGGCUUGUUGAAACCACAAAAACCUAAGCCGAAUCUAACAUUGAAAUUAUCUGGUAAUUUAGAAAGUCUUGAUCUCAAAAGUUCGUUGCCUUUAUCACCAACAUUCUUUGCCAAAUUCGAUUUUUCCGAUAUAUCGUUAUUACGUUUACCAGCUGAUGUGGAAGAAAUCAUUUCAAAUAUUGAUUAUUCCAUUUCUGAUGAUCUUAUAUUUCAAUUUGAAAAAUUUUAUUGCGAUAAACCGUCCAAACAUGAAAAACAACAACAACAAUGUGUAUGCUAAUGAGAAGAAUAUAGAGAAAAUGAACACAUUUAAUUUUGACAUUUUAAUUCAAGUUAAUUUAACAAUGGAGCGUGAAUUGUCCAUGUGGACAUUUUGCGCGAGAUAAAGUAAGAAAUAAAUAAAAAAAAUGUGUCAUUUAAAAGCACACAUCACCAUUAUUCUUGCUCAAAUAUUCUUCUUUGUUCUUUGUGGAUGAAGCAACAACAACAACAACAACAAAAAGAACAAUAUACACAUGGGCUAAAUGAAGAAUAUUGUUAAGAUGAAACAUUGAUAUUUAUGACAGACAAGCAUACACAAAAACACAUUAAAUUGAAAACUAAUUGAAAAUAUGAUGAUUUACCUUCCUGUUCUUGUCUGUCACUGGUUUAUAUUACAGAUUUUUUUUAUCAAAAUAACAAAGCUCAAAAUCAAAAUUAAUGAGAUUCCACACACAAAAAAAAAAAACGAGAGGAGUAAGAAGAAAAAUAAGAAUGAAAAAAAAAGAUUAGUCUCAUUUCAUUGUAAACACUGAUAUAUAUAGUCUUUCAACAGCAUACACACA